AGGCGCCCCAUCAUCGCUUCGCUCAGCUUGGGUGCCACGCGCACUUUUGAGAUGAGGAAGAAGCCGCCAUCAGUUCGGGCCAGCCUGCUGAGGCCAAAACAAAGACGCAGACUAUGAGUCACCAAUCAGUAACCCUGCACAAGCCCCGUGGCCAGAUGAGGAGCCAGGGUCUCAGAAACCAGAGCAUGCAGCUGAAGGAGAUGCUGCUGCGCUUGCAGCACACCAUAGAGGACUACAUCAUGCAGCUGAAGACCCGGCACCUGCAGCAGGACCCGGGGCCGGAGGAGCAAAGGCACAGGCAGGCCGCCAGGGAGCAGGAAGCCACCCUGGUCCACUUAAUGUGCCAGGUGGUCAACCUCUUACAGCCUUGCCCACCCCUGGACUCGAGUGGCCAUGUUGGAGCUGGGCAGCAGGCCCAGUCAUCCAGGCAGCCUGACCAGCAAGGUCGCCCACUGAGUGAUUUGCAAGCUGCAGUCAUCAGCUAUGACCUGUCCAACCGAGGGAUCGACAUCUCUACUGUAUACCAGUCCAGCUUCCAGGACUACAAAGCCUACCUAGGAGACAAAUACCAUGAGGACAAGAACCCCUUGGGCUUCAUUAACCUUGGUGUCAGCGAGAACAAGCUCUGCAUGGACCUGAUGACUGAAAGGUUGAGUCGGAGUGACAUGAACUACAUUGAGGAUGCCCUGUUGCAAUAUACUGACUGGAGAGGACAACCAUUCCUGCGUGAAGAAGUGGCCCGGUUCCUGACCUACUACUGCAAGGCCCCUGCCCAGCUGGAUCCAGAAAACGUGGUUGUUCUAAAUGGCUGCUGCUCUGUCUUCUUGGCACUGGCCAUGGUUCUGUGUGACCCAGGUGAGGCCUUUCUGACCCCCACCCCCUUCUAUGGUGGCUUCGCCUUUACUUCCCACCUGUACACGAAAGUUGAGCUGAUUCAUGUGCACCUGGACAGCGAGGUCACUGGUGCAAACGCCUGUCCGUUCCAGCUCACUGUGGGCAAGUUGGAGAAAGCCAUGCUUGAGGCUAGGCUUAAGGGGAAGCACGUCAAAGGCCUUCUGCUCAUCAGCCCCCAGAAUCCUCUGGGAGACGUCUACUCCCGGGACGCACUGAAGGAAUACCUGGAGUUUGCCAAGAGGUAUAACCUACAUGUGAUUAUAGAUGAGAUUUACAUGCUGUCUGUGUUUGAUGAAUCCAUCACAUUCCACAGUGUUCUGAGCAUGGAAAGUUUGCCUGACCCCAAGAGGACUCAUGUGAUCUGGGGCACCAGUAAGGAUUUCGGGAUCUCUGGCUUCCGUUUUGGUGCUCUGUACACCCAAAACAAGGAGGUGGCCUCUGCCGUGAGCUCUUUUGGCUACGUCCACGGCAUCUCUGGCAUUGCCCAGCACAAGCUGUGUCGGCUGCUCCAGGACAAAGAAUGGAUCGACAAGGUGUACCUGCCCACUAAUCGCUCCCGGCUACAGGCCGUUCACAGAUAUGUCACCAGCAAUUUGAAGGCACUGAAGAUCCCUUUUCUUAAUCGUGGCUCUGGCCUCUAUAUCUGGAUCAAUUUGAAAAAGUACCUGGACCCGUGCACAUUUGAGCAAGAGCUGCUCCUCCAUCGCCGAUUCCUGGAAAACAAGCUGAUUUUGUCCCGUGGCAAGUCCUACAUGUGUACGGAGCCUGGCUGGUUUCGCCUCAACUUUUCGGAUAAGCUCCUCUGCCUAAAACUUGGCAUGCAUCGGUUCUCUCAGACACUAGUAGAGCAGAGGCAGGAUUGGAUAGAGAAGCAACUGGAGGAUGCACUGAGGGAAUAAACAGUUUGCAGCCCAACCAACAGCUUGGGCCAGUCACAUGCUCAGGGAGUCCCUGCCAUCAGCCUCUGGUCCAUGGAGCUGGGGCAUCCACCGGGUGCUGUCACAGGGGAAUCAGUGGGCUCCUCCAGAAAUGGGCUCAUCUGAGCCAGUCAUUACUCUCCUUAAGCUGAGCAUCUGUCAUUUUUAGAAGCCUUGCCUCUUUUUAUUCUUUGCUAGCCAUUGUAUGUGUGCGCAAAAUGAUUUUAUGGGGGUUAGGGUGGGAAAGGCUAGAGAAAUAAAGGGAGCUUUCUGCGUCCCUACUUAGAUGGGUUGAUUUUUGUAUUCAAUACCCAAUAAAUU